AAACCCCGUCACUCUCUCGUUUCUACUGAAAAUCAAAACCUUUGCUUCAUCCAUGGCGGUUUAUUCUCCACAGUAAAAGCUCCAAAGCCUCCCUCUCUAUCUCGCAUCCAGUUUUUAUGACACAUUUGACUCAGAUCUGGUAGUUAGGCUAUCACUUGUUGUUGAUUAGUUAUAUUUUCAGUUCGAUUAUUUGAUCUAUAAAUUGUUAAUUGAAGGACUCCAUGAACUCUGUGUUCCUUUUUGAAAUUGAGGAUAUACUUACUUGGAAAAUGAAGAACUUGUUCUGGAUAAUGCAUUAGUGGAUAUAAUUAGUCAUUUUGUGCUGGAUUUGGAGUUAUUGUUUCAGAUCAGUAGCUUCAAUCUGUCGAUCCGCCUUUGCAGUUAAAAGGAUCUUAUGCUUCUCGUGUAUAUAGACUUUGGAUUUCAGUGGUGCAUAUUUUAUGAUUUUAAAUGCAUUUAUAUUGCUGGCUGUUUAUGAUACGAAUUGCUUAGUUUUGGAGAUGAUUUAAGUAUUUCGGAGGGGAACGAAUAACCAGGUUGAGGAACUCAUUGAGGUUUCAAGAAACUUUUUGAAAUUAAAGUGAAAGAGAUCAUGGAAUGAAUGAAGAUCUACUGUUUGUCUCUAUACUUUGGGAAUUUUGAUCAGAAUUCUUGUAUUUUUUAGGAUUUAUUGGAAAAAUUGAGUUUGUGAAACUUUCCAUCAAAGACCAAUAAGGAUUCACAUGUAUUUCAGGAAUUCCCCAAAGAAAAAAGAAGUUUCUUGAAAGGAAUUCAAAGAGGUGUUGAUUUACAUGCUGAUUGAGAUGUUUGCUGCUGUUUUGGUGUUUUUGACACGAUAUUGCAGAAAACCGUGGUCAUUAGUAGGCCAAAAGCAUUUGGAGAUGCUUUAAGGUUCCUCAAGUUCCAAUGCCCGUAAAGAAGCAAAACAAAUAAGUGAUCUAGAAUUUGCAGUACGUUCAAAGAGUCAUUAGAAAUACUAGAGCAUUUCAUUUGGAAAGACAAGUGUAUUUUGUUCAAUGGAUCUGCACUUGAAAGACCUCUUUACAAGGUUUCAAGAACAGUUUGGAUCUGGACCAGGCCUCGGUCCUGGUUCAGGAGCCUGUCUUCUCAAGAUAGAAGGGAUCAACCCUAGCUUCAUAAAGUCUCUUUACAGAGCAGCUGCUGCUCUAUACAGAACGGACCCAUGGAAAAGACUGAGACCUGGUCAUCUAUUCAGCAUCAGAGUGGGCAAGGAUUUAGAUUGGUCAAGUAGAAAGCAGCUGUUUCCCUAUGUUCAGUUCACAGGUGGCGAUGGUGGAGACGUUGGCUUUAACAUGUUCAGGACUGAGCAAGAUGCCCUAAAAAUGACUGGGUCAAGAGAAACCAAUCGAGUCCCCAACAUUGAAACUCUCAGAGUAACAUUCGGUCUCGACUCUUUUAUGUUUCCUGUAAAUAAGAGGAUGAUAAGGUCUUUAUCCUUAGAAUCUUCAGGGCCUGAUAGGUUUCCUAUGAUGGAGGUUGCUCGCUGCACCCAUCUGGGCAUGCUUGAAUUCAGAAACCCGAGCCUCGAGGAGCUUAGGUUUUUAUAUGCACUUAUGAAGGCCAUUGCUUUGGUUCAUCCUUUGCUACAACAGGCGAAGGCACCUGCUCCAAAGCGCACAAGGUUAACCAUUUUCGACACCCUAAUUGAGACAGUGGAUGUUCAGUGGCCUGUUGAGAUGCAGAAAGGUUGGGACUUAGUUGCAGUCACAGUAUCGCACCCACCUAAUCAAGCCUACAGUGAGAAACCCAAGUCUAAUUCAAUCCCAACCAAGAUUAUUGAAUCCCCCACAAGCCUCAUUGAGCAACCAAAAGAGGAGGAUUCAAUGAAUUCAAUAGAGCAUUUCACUGGUUUUUAUGCAUCAAGGAGGUGCUCUAUGUGUGAGAAAGAGGUUCAAGGGGAGCAAUCGCUUCUUUGUGGGAGAUGUAGGGCGGUUAUAUAUUGUGGCGCCAUUUGUCAAAGGCAACAUUGGAAAGAGACCCACAAAAGCAUUUGUGGGCUUUACAAGGCAAUGAUGGAGAGAGAGGAAGAGCUCGAAACAAAGGUAUUCACUUUUCCGUGUUACCUCGAAAACCCUUGUAAAUGGCUUGAAUCAGUAGGUCUCCAUCAAAAAGGUAUGUGGAGAAGGCUCUGCAAUUGCUAUAACCACUGCCCUUUUGGCAUGCUUCCCGCUCUCAACGGAGGGGGAAGCAUCAAUGAAUCAUGGGGAAUUGCAAACUAUCCACCUGAUUCCCCAUUUAUUAACCAUAACCAAGAACCAUCUCCAAGCCCUCCUAUUCUUCUAUCCGGUUGGGCUGAGUACUAUAAUCUUAGGUGUCUCCCAUUUUCCAGCCCUGCCUCUGCGCUGCUCACCUUUCCCUUAACCUUACACCACAUUAUAACAGCCCUAAGCAUUGGCUCAAAGAGUCUCUUGCUCAAAGGCAGGGAAGUAGUUAUCCACUAUGUGGGUCCUGAAGCUGAGCUCGAUUUCAUGCCUGCCUUCACUGAAAUAGGUCACCUACUCAAUGGGUCGGGGAGUUUACAAAUAACCAUGGUCGGGCCAGAGGUGCCUACAAGCUUAUCAGGCACCAUGUCUGUUAUAAACAAUAGAGUGAGGGUGAGUCUAGUCAGAGGUUUGUACCAGGAAGAGAUGGGUUAUCUUCCUUCUCCCCAUGUAGUGGUGGCGCUAAAUUCAGGGUUAGAGAGCUGCCCAAGUUGGGGAGAAGCUCUUGAAAUGAUCGAAACAAGGAAUUUGCCGGCUUAUUUCACAGAGUUUUCUGAGCUCUCUUGCUCAAACGCAAAGCAAGUUCUCCGUGGGGCUGGCCUUCAUGUAACCUAUCCUGUUACCCCCAACCCAUUCCGUUCUCCUGUGAGGAUUCAGGGUGCAUCGAUAAAUCUUCCCUCUUUCAGUAAUGGAUUUGUGUUUGGGGUGAAUACGUGAGUUCUCCAAACUCUUUGUAAGUGAAAGGUCAGGAUAUUCCGGCUCAUUACCAAUAAAAACAAUUGGGCUUCUCUUUUUUUCUCCAUUGAAGGUUCUGGUGUAAUUUGUAGAAUGAAGUUGGAAUCGAUCGAGUUGUGAUGAAAUGAUGUAGCUGGCAAAGAGUCAUAUAGAGCUUAUAUGUUAUCUGUUGUUUUCUUAGUGGAUAAAUGUAAUCUUAUUUAUCAACUAUAAAGAGAUAAAUAAUUGUGGUCUUGUUCUUGCUGUCAAAGGGGUUAUAAAUGUGGUC